UAAAAAAGACUAAUUUUAAGAUAUAAUACAUUAAAUCUUGUAUAAGAAUGUUCAGUCAUGAAACGAAUCAAAUAUAAGAAAAAUUAGCAAUUAAAAGGCUAAUCUUUAGCCUAUCUGCAGAUAAAGAUCUAAUUUUUAGUUUAUUCUACAAAUGAUUAAACUUUACCUCUUGCAAACAAAGGGCUUUAAAGUUAGUUAAACCUAUAAUAACCUAUUACUCCAUUUCUUUCGAUUAAAAUGAUACAUAUCAUGCUCUGAUUGGAUGAUGUAAUUUUAUUUAAAAAGUAAAUUACAAAAAAAGACAGACUCACCCUUCAUUACUGGAUUUUUUUGUAUCCUUCUUCAGUUUUUGGGUCUUCUAAUUCGUCUUUAUUUUUGGGUCUUUUUGGGUCAUCUUUCUAUUUUUAGGUUUUCUAUUUCUUUGUCAUUUAUAGGUCUUCUAUUUCUUCUGUUCUUGUUUUCAAUUCUGGAGAGUGGCGGUGAAAGCCAAUAACAUAAGAGGUUUUCAAUGAAGAUUUGUAAUAUUUCUAAAUUGAUCACAGCUGCUAAACCAAAAGGAAAGCUAGAAAAUUUGUAAUGGACAUUGCUGUGAAAAGUCUAUUGAAAAUGAAACAAUUGCGUGUGUACGAUGGACGAUGUGAUGAAUUUGUUAACUAGAGUUGACGUCCAUUGACUUGGUGAAUAUAUGUAGAUGCUACAUUGGAUCACCCUUAAGCAUAACCAAAAAAAAAAAUGUCGAUGGUAGGUAGAUUCUUAUCUUUCAUCUUGUUAUGCCUUUGUUUGAAUUCAACCUUUUUUAUAGAGCUGAUUAUUUGCGAGCUGCCCGCCAACUCAAUAGUUAAACCUGGUUGCCAAACUAAAUGUGGGAACGUAACAGUUCCCUACCCGUUUGGCAUUGGUUUAGAUGGAAAAUGUUCACUUGAUUACUUUUACGACAUAGAAUGCAACAAUUUUUUCUAUGACCCUCCAAAACCCUUCAUAAGAAGUGGUAACCUGGAAGUGCUAGAUAUAUCCAUUGAUGGUCAGUUGCGCAUUUCUAACGAAUGGUCGGUAAAACUAGUUGCCAAUGAUCCAAUUGUAUUGUCAUACACAGCCAACAAAUUAACUGUCAUUGGUUGCGAUAAUUAUGCUUAUAUUGUGGGUCCCAACUUUGCAACUGGGUGUACCGUUGGAUGCUUCAAUCUCUCGGAUGUGAUGAAUGGAUCAUGUUCAGGGAUUGGUUGUUGCCAAACCUCCAUCCCUAAGGGCUUAAAAUAUUAUGAAAUAGAAGUACAUAGAUUGUAUAGUGGUAAUGUUAGUACAUUAAACCCUAAUGGCUAUGCAUUCUUAGGUGAGGAUGAUAAGUUCAGCUUUGAUAUUUCUUAUCUUAGUAGUAACUUUAACAACCAAACACUAAAAAAAAUUCCGAUAGUUAUUGAUUGGUUUAUUGGCCAAGGCAAAACAUGUAUGCAAGCUAAAGCGAAUAUGUCUUCUUAUGCUUGCCAAAGUAAUACUAAUUGCAUCGAUUUUGAGAGUGGUUAUCAAGGAUAUCGUUGCAGUUGUCUUACAGGUUAUGAAGGUAAUCCUUACCUUAACCCGGGAUGCACAGAUAUCGACGAGUGUAGAGAUGCAAGCAAUACUAAUUGCUCUCAUAUUUGCACCAACACACCAAGUAGCUACAACUGCUCUUGUCCGAAAGGAUAUCAUGGUGAUGGUCAAAAACAUGGAACCGGUUGUGUAAGGAAUACUUCCAAGUUAGCUACAAUGUUAAGUUUAGGCUUGAGCUUAGGAUUUUUAUUGUUGUUGGUAAUGAGUUGCAUAUGUUUUAGCACAAUUAGAAGAAAUAAGCAGAUUAAAAUGAAAAAGAAAUUCUUUGAGCAAAAUGGAGGAUUAUUACUAAAACAACAUCUUAUUCGGUAUGGAAGAAGUACGGAAUCAUCAAAAAUAUUUUCAGAGAACGAACUAAAAGCCUCAACUAAAAAUUAUAGAGAUGAUCGUAUUUUAGGAAGAGGAGGCUAUGGAACUGUGUACAAGGGUAUAUUACCAGAUGGUCGUGAAGUUGCCAUUAAGAAAUCUAAAGUGAUAGAUCAUAUUCAAGUCGAACAAUUCAUAAAUGAAGUUGAUAUUUUAACACAAAUUAAUCAUAGAAACGUAGUGAAACUGUUGGGAUGUUGUCUUGAAACUGAGGUUCCUUUGCUAGUAUAUGAAUUCAUCUCAAACGGCACUCCCUAUGAACAUAUCCAUAAAAAUAAGGGCAUGACAUCUUGGCUUACUUGGGCCAACUGCAUAAGGCUUGCAACUGAAACAGCUGAUGCACUGAUGUAUCUCCAUUCAUCUGCUUUAAUUCCUAUAAUCCAUCGAGAUAUUAAAUCAGCUAACAUAUUAUUAAAUGAAAGCAACACUGCAAAGGUGUCUGACUUUGGUGCGUCAAGGUUAGUACCAAUUGAUCAAAUUCAUGUCACAACAUUAGUCCAAGGAACUUUGGGUUAUUUGGAUCCGGAGUAUUUCCGUACAAGCCAGCUAACAGAGAAAAGUGAUGUUUAUAGCUUUGGAGUUGUUCUUGCAGAGCUUCUCACUAGAGAAAAACCUUUGUCUUCCGAAAGGAAAAUUGAAGAACGAAAUCUAGCAACAUACUUUUUGAUGGCACUAAAGGAAGAUCGCUUAAUGGAAAUUCUUGAUCUUCAACUGGUGAGGGAAGCAAGUGAGGAGCAACUAGUUAAAAUGGCUAAACUCAUAAAGGAAUGCCUUAAUAUUAGGGGUGAAGAUAGGCCUACCAUGAAGGAAGUUGCGCUUGAAUUAGAGGGUUUCAAGAAGAAAAAUAGGCAUCCUUGGUCCAACCAAAACAAUGAAGAUGAAAACAUCCUUAUUUGUGACAAAGAUCUUUAUAGUAUUCCUUCACGUAAUACAAUGGAGUACUCUCGAUCAUAUUCAAUGGAAGUUAGUCUAAAAUCUGAUAUGAAUCAUCCUCGUUAGUGAUUCAACCACUCGACAAUCUACUAAUCUCAAUUGCAAGCAAUGAUUAAACUUAUUUUUAUUGAGAAUUGAUAAAUUAUGUAAUAUUUAUACUUUCUUUUUUAUCCUACUUUUCUUGGUACCAUAUAGUAAAACUUAUAUGAGUGGCCUCUCUUUGC